GUAGAUAAGGUUUUUCCUCUCGUCCACCUUAUACCUCCGGCCAUGGCGGAAGCUUCCAGGAUCUUCCAGACCACAUUGAUGCCUUCAUUAUCUCAAUCAUUAUCUCUCAGAAAGCCUUGCUGCUCUCAAACGAUUUCCCUACGCAGAACCUCACCAGCGCUCAUCCGCUGCACGAUUUCCACCAGCAGCAGUGAUACCACUAAGGCUGCAGCCACGACUCCUCAACCGAUACCUUGGGGUUGCGAUGUAGAUUCUCUGGAUAACGCAGCUGCGUUGCAGAAAUGGUUGACGGAUUCCGGUUUGCCGCCUCAGAAAAUGGACAUACAGAAGGUUGAUAUUGGAGAGAGGGGUCUCGUUGCCACUAAUAACAUCAGGAAGGGCGAAAAAUUGCUAUUUGUACCUCCGUCACUCGUUAUUUCCGCCAAUUCGGAGUGGAGUUUUCCAGAGGCCGGGGAAGUUUUGAAGAGAUAUGAUGUACCCGACUGGCCACUGAUUGCGACCUACCUAAUUAGUGAGGCAAGUCUUAUGAAGUCGUCUAGAUGGAGCAACUAUAUAUCAGCCUUGCCAAGACAACCUUACUCACUUUUAUACUGGACACGUGCAGAAUUAGAUAGGUACCUGGAAGCAUCCCAGAUUAGAGAGCGGGCAAUCGAAAGGAUUAAUAAUGUAACUGGAACAUACAAUGACUUGAAGGCAAGGAUUUUUUCCAAGCAUCCUAAUUUAUUUCCUGAAGAGGUAUUCAAUAUGGAAACCUUUAGAUGGUCCUUCGGCAUUCUUUUUUCACGCAUGGUUCGAUUACCCUCACUGGAUGGAAGGGUUGCCUUAGUCCCUUGGGCAGAUAUGUUGAACCAUAGUUGUGAUGUAGAAACCUUUUUGGAUUACGAUAAAUCAACCAAGGGAGUUGUAUUCACAACUGAUCGUCCGUACCAGCCAGGUGAGCAGGUGUUCAUUUCGUAUGGCAGGAAAUCUAAUGGAGAGCUCCUGCUCUCUUAUGGAUUUGUGCCAAGGCAAGGGACAAAUCCACGUGACUCGGUUGAACUGCCAUUGUCACUUAAAAGAUCAGAUAAAUGUUACGAAGAGAAGGUGGAAGCUCUCAAGAAGCACGGGUUGUCAGCAUCGCAGUGUUAUCCUUUACAAGUCACUGGUUGGCCAUUGGAGUUGAUGGCAUAUGCAUAUUUGGUCGUCAGUCCCCCGAGUAUGAUCGGGAAGUUUGAAGAGAUGGCUGCUGCAGCAUCAAAUAAAAGCACCACCAAUAAGGACAUUAGAAUUCCUGAACUAGAGGAACAAGCAUUCCAAUUUAUCUUGGAUAGCUGUGAAUCCAGCAUAUCUAAGUACACCAAGUUCCUUCAGGCAAGUGGGUCGAUGGAUUUGGAUAUAACAUCUCCAAAGCAACUCAACCGGAAAGUGUUCCUUAAGCAGCUAGCCGUGGACUUGUGCAAUAGUGAACAAAGGAUUCUCUUUCGUGCCCAAUACAUAUUAAGGAGAAGGUUAAGGGAUAUGAAGAGAGGUGAACUGAAGGCCCUAAGAUUGUUUGAUAGUGUUACAAAGUUCUUCAACAAAUGAGUUAGCAGUUAUAAACCCACAGCUUAAAAUACAGGCAUGAACAUGUAUAUCAAGUUAUUGUUCGAUGGUUCUGCUUGUGCCUGAAAUUCCUCAAUGUUCCUUACACAAACGAUGGUAUUAUGUUCUUGAUUCCACUAUUGGAGUCCCACAGUCGAUUAGACUUGAAUCAUUUAUUUUCUCUAUAUGUUGGAACCUUCCUUCUCAAUGGCUCUUUUGGAGAGUAAUUUAAUUGGGUUCCACGUGUUUUAAC